AUGGGUUCGUUUGGCUCCAACUCGUUUCUCUUUGCGAUUGCUGCACCUCUCCUACUCGGACUUCCCUUUCUUGGCGGUGCACAGGUGAGUUAAUGCCACCCAAAAGAUUCUAUGUUUCAGCGGACUCCGUGAUCGCUCCAGUUUUCUGUGCAGUUUAAGGCAAAUUUACCUCCUACAGGAGAGUAAAACCAAGCUAUUUCUACUGAAAACUUGAAUACAUGAAAACUGACAUAUAAACGCAAUUUAGUAGGCCAGAUAGCUGCUCAACGUAAACACAGAACUGUUAAAUUAGUCUUCGCUAAUUCAGUCGUAUGAAUACUACUCGCAUUAGCAGACUUAAUUUACUAUUGAUCCUUCUUACUUCUAAGUGGUCUGACUGUACGCAAACCGGUGACAACGAUUAACCAUUUAAAGACCCAUGCAGCAACGGGUUGAGCGCAUAGCAUUGGAGAUCUCAUAAUUAGCGCCCUAUCCACAUGAAAACAAUUUUUUAAACGUAGAUAACACUUAAUGUUCUUUGCUUGUAUAUGCGCAAUUAAUAUUUUGUUUUAAAAUUGUCAUUCAUUGAAAAAUGCCAUCGGAAACUAAGGAACGCCUGUGGGGUCGAUAUUUGCUUACUCGCCGAGGUUACAGUUGAGACCUCAGAAUUUACUACUCCUAUCAAUUAAUCCUGAAAUUUGGCUGCGUUCUGAAGAUGACACCUUUAACGUUGUUACAAAUUAUCAACCGCAAGCACUUCACAAAUAUAUCGACCCAAAAAUUCGUGAAGUUAACACUGUGGUCGAAAUGGAAGCGCGUAGAAAUCUCACAUUCUUAGUUGUCCUCGCGUAGUGAAAUACUGAGGCAACACUGGGCACAUGAGGUUUUCACAAAAAACCUACGCCAAAGCAUUCUACAUAAUAGCAGCAAUUGCCCUAUAGAUCAAAAAUGGAUUGGUGUCAACACUGUCUUUGACCAAACGAAACCACAUCUGGCCAUAAAACGUAUCACACUAAACUAAAAUACUUCUUCCAAUUAUUUCUACUAAGUAGUACAGUUAAGAUUUUGCCCUCCGAUGUAUGAGACGGCAAUUGUUAAAAGAACGGGAAGUAAACAGUUUCAAUUAGGCGCCAUCUUAAAUAACUGAAGAUCUCUUUCUUGCAUUAAAAAUGUGCCCGAAGUCGUUGAAAGGUACUUGAGGAGGCACCAAAUAUCCAUGGCACACAAAAGAAGGUUACAUCAUACACCUAGCUUGUUCAUCUUAAUUAUGGGGUCGGCUACUGGGACCGGGCAGGAAGUCGUCUACGAAGUCACAUACGCUGCAUGAAAUGCUGUAUAUUGUGACCCAUUGGAAAAUCUGCCCCUGCACACACUUAUGAGAAUUAAUUAGCUUUAACGAGGCGAGACCGCCUGUCCCAAGUAAUAAUGCAUACGCUGAAUAUAAAAAUAGUUUCGCUUGAAGCAAAACUCGAAUAUUUACCGUCUUUCCCGUAGAGAACAUGCAUGCAGCUGAGUUAUUCACUGAGCAGCAUGUUGAGACGUGUGUCGCGCAUAAAAUCUCUACGAUAAAUGGAAAAGAUGGCAAUCAGUCUAAUCAUGCUAACAGUACGCGGAGACCGCUUUUUGACAUAAGUAACUGAAAAGUAUUAACUUUCAGACAUGCUUGAUAACUUUGCUGUUUUGAAAAGUUAUUUUACACCUGACAGCGAGUAAGGAAACUGUCCGCAGAUAUUUGCAGAAUUGAGUUUCAGACCUUAUCCAAGAACUCAUUUUACGUCAAUUUAUAUUAUUUACGUCGUGUCUCAUUGCUGUAUGGGUUUUAUCAUUACACCAGCAUUGUACCAUUUAGACCUCCUGAAAUAUUCCCUUGUUCCGAUUCAUUUCCUGGUGAUCUAUUUCUUCGCUGCUUUUUCACACGUUUGCUUUAUUUUAGUCAGUCCCUGCAAAACUUGAUCUCGAGUUGUUCUACGUAAAUCCAUGGGAUAAUGCAAAGGAUGGGUGGUGCGACAUCAUGCCGCACGACAGAAGAUGCGACGUUUUUUUCAAAAUAUGCAUUUGGAAUGGUAACAUAUUGUAAGUACUUAGCUUACGAGGCUUGGCUUAUUUUGGAUUGUAGUUUCGGAUUCCAUCUUCUAUUAUCUUUUAUUCAUAUAGAUUCUCUUUUGUAAUCUAUCAUAGUUGUGGACAUAGGCUUUGGUAUGACAAAACGAAUUCGUCGUUGGUUAAUUGCAUUAGACGGCGAUGAUUUUAUGAGGUAGUCUACAAAUCCUGUAUCACUGUAUUUUUAGAAUCAGUUAGAACCAUGUAUUCUGUUGGGAGAAUAUAUGUUGGUUUUGCUAUCGUUGCACAAAAAUCUGAGUUUCACAAUACAGGUAGAGAAUGUACGGUUAGAAUGCAGUUCAAGGGGAGGGGGCAAACGGAAUUUGUCGGAUUCCAUUUAUGCUAUAUCAACGUUUUUACUGAUAUUGCAUGAUACACCACAACGACAGCAAGGGUACCACCUGAAAGCCUAUGUCGUCUUACGGAGUGAUCUCAAAAAGUUCUGUCAUGAAGGAAAUGCUCCAAGUUAGCGCCUCAAUUUCUGAGAAGAUAAUAAAACGGGAACGUUUUUAUAAAUUUCGCUCAUGCUUCUGCCGUUUGCUCUGAAUCACAAUCCCCUUCGCGGCCUCUAACUUGAGAUGUUGUUAAACAUUGCCAGAGGCUAUUUUCCAAAUCCCCCACCAUUUUCCUGUUUUUCUGUUUUUUGUUCUCUGGAUUCUGAUGAGUUCGGUGCUAGCGAUUCUCCUCUUCAUGCCAAAUCUGCAUAUUGGUCGGUUGUAUGCAAAAGUGUUAUUGAGGAUCCGGUUCGUUUACAACGUUUCACAGAGGAUCUCUAUUUGCAUCGGAUUGUUUUCAGUCUCUCCAGCUGAUUUUACAGGCAGCCAUUCGAUGUCAAUAAGGUAAGGGAUGUUUCACUGAGGCAACGAUUCCAAGCACGCCUGCCGAUCGAAGACACUGCACAUCUGGAAACGACUCCUGCUGUUAAAGUUUAGCAAACUUUGAAUGUAGUAAAUUACUUGGCAGAGCUCAGAGACGUGGUCGCACUGGGAAAUGGGGAGGCCCAGGGGCCUCCAAUAGGGAAACCGUGGUACUAAAGAUAUUAUGGGUGAGGCUACGGAAAAAGUCGAAGGCUGUGCGAAAAUUAAGAGAAAAACGGGUGCAUUGAAGGCAAAUUUGCUAGGUUGUUUUAAUGAGUACUAAAGUCUCUGCAUGAGUACCGCUCAACAUGAACAUUCGUGAUAAGUAACUCCAACUCCAGCAGGGGUAGUGAGGAUUGGCUUGUCAAGUUAAUCGAAACAUACCGUCCAAGUAGUUAGCCAAUCAGACGGAAGCCAUAGAUGGAAGUUUUAGGAAGUGAGCGCAAAAAUGAUGAUAAACCACAUCUCAAGAACUAAAAACAGAAGACCAUUUAAAAACUUCCUAAACCGCAAAACCGAACACUAAUCCUAACAUAAAAAACAAGCUUAAAUCCUAAUGGUAAAACAGAAUUGAGGAAGUUCUCACCGACCGCAAACGCAAGCAAUCAAGUUAACCUCAAUACGAACACUAACAACUAACACUAUCCUCGACUGUAACCCAAGCCCUAGUCAUAACCCCGACCCUAAAUCUAAUUCUAACCUUAACCCAAACUUAAACACUAACCCUAACCCUAACCACUAACUCCCCACCCCAAUUCUAGGCCAAGAUGUGCAAACUGUAGCACCCCUACUGAACUAAAUACUAGUAACAAAGUAAUAAAGGGAUGGCCAAAGGAGACCGCGUUCCCGAGUCUCACCAAAUUUUCAAGUGCUGAGGUCGUUGGUUAACAUCGACAAACCGUGAGAUUUCUUUAGUCGGAUUAGCGAAACCCUGGUCCUUUUGAGGAGAUUGUCGCUCGGAUUUCGCCUUGAUGGUUAGGGCUUCCAAAAGGCCUGGUCGGCUUCGAGGCUCUGAGCUUUAACUCCUUUGUCGAUUGUGACUUCCUUUGAAAUUAUAAUUCUUAAGUUAGUGGAUGUCUCGGUAGUGUCCUUACCGCUGAUAGUGACUGUAGUUUCCCUGGAUCCGGUAGUUGGAGCUGUCUUACGCAUGACGAUUUUAUGCUCAGCUUUCUUAUACAGACCAAGGUCUCUCGUCAGUAGAUAAGCUGUUGUCAGUAAAUUUAAAGGCCAAACCCCCGAGAGCUAGAUCACGCAGCAACACUGUGUCGACGAGUCGUGUGUCGGGACUUUCAUCUAGCAAUUGUGCAAGUCGUGUGGUCAAUAGAUCAUAAAAUAUAUUUAAGUUUCAUUGAAUGUCUGUUGAGCUCUUAUAAAUAUUUCGCGCUGUUUCAGAAAAAAGCGGCAGAAUGUGACUCGAAAAUUCAUAUAAACUUCGGGACCAAACCAAGAAAAUCCGUAAAUCAAUUUUAACGAAAUUGUAAGCGCAACCGUCUAGACCAUGUUAAGUGUGCACUCAUCGGGGAUCUAAGAGAUACGUAGCUUGUCUUUGAAAGUUUCUGACGAGCGGGUUUACUUCGGAUGCGAAGGAAUUCGCGGGCAUUUUAGCCAAUUCUUUUUGUAACCGGGACUUUCAUCCAAGACACUGUAUCAAACAAUAACGUCGACGGAAGCACACAUCGAGUCGGUGAAACAUCGCGAUUAGAUUCUUGCUAAGACCGAGCUGAAGAGAGUUGUAAAAUGCGUCACUACACUCAUCCAGACGAAAGUGCAGGAAAAGAUUUCCGUGGCUACAAGUGUAUGAUAGAGACAGAAAGAAAUUGAGAAUUCACGUUAAUAUUCAAAUGAACAAAGAGAAUAAAGUACAACAAAAGAAUGACCUGUCUAGAUGGAGAGGUGACACUGACAUGCCUGCUAAGAAACCGGUGGCGAAGCACAGGUGAAGGCCGUGGGAGGUGCUGACGUAGAGUGAGGGAAGAGAGUUGCGGCGAGUUGCGGAAUGGGCGCCAGCAGUAGAAAGGGAAGGACACGGGCUAUUUCCACUGACACGCAGUUACACCAGCACCAUCGCAGAUCCGCGCAAAAAGUGUUUUCUGUGUUGACGCAUAAUUCCAGACGCUGUUACCGAUGACGGAAGCUGUGGCAGCUGAGAUUUACUUCAUUAGUUAAAAAGAUGAUUUUUUACGCUUAGCCAGUUGACUAAAGUUGCGGCCGUUUAUCAGCGUCAAUACCGGUCUGUUUGCACCUGCACCGUAGGGCCGGACCAAGAAAAGUGGCUAAGUUAAGUGUCAUCCGCCUCCGCCCCCUCUUUCGCAUGUCGAUCCUACCAGUGUAUAAAGGGAAUUUAUCGGAUAUCUAGACUAUUAACACGCUACCCUCUAUAGUUAGUCAUGGUGUUUCUUUAGAUCUGGCACAUAGGAAUGCUCGCCAAACCGGGUAUUACGCCGUCCACACAACGUCGGCUUCCAAUGAGGUAAAAAAUAAGAUGUUUUGUUUCACCUAUUUAAACGCCUUUUUAAUAUUAGUCUCUCAUUCAUCAUGGCGACCGAUGGACUUCAUACAGAAAGAGACUCAUUGUGCUGUCCUUAAGGCAAAAUUGUACAUGUGCAAAUUAAGUAUGGCUUUAAAGUGUAAGCUGCGGUAGCUUUCGAAAAAUUACCAUCAAAUAAUCAUAAUCUGGAUUCUAACGCAAUUGUCACUUUUGGUUUGUUAAAGAUGAAGUGAUUGCUUUGCUUCUACCCUCUGACCUGGUAGCUCACCACCCAACUGCGAUGUCGCCGAGGUAACCACCCGAACGUUCGAUGAAAGUAAAUCUAUUGAAAUUAAAGGAGAAGACCACAUUCAAAUCCUACUUAGAAAUGGACCACCUGUAAGUACCUUGUGUAAGUUUUUAAAGGUUGUUUAAAACUAUAAAUGUUUUAAGUCUAUGACAAUCAAUAUACUUAGAAAAUUAUCUUCAAAACAUCAUCUGAGGGGGGCCGAAUCGAAGUGAACGUGGCGAUACCCUAAUCUGAGGGGUUGUCUUUUAUUUUUAGCACAAAUGCUUAAUUAUGCUUUACUUUGUUUGCAGUAAAUCUAGCGUGUGUACGUUCCUGUGCUGACGGCCCUGUGGAAACAAUCGUACAAGUAAAAAUCUCUUAUUUAUUUGCUUUCGGAGGACUGGGGCGAUCUAGGUCAACAAUGCCUUGCGGUGGCUUGGCAAUAUCAUCGUUAUUAUUGGUCAGAUCGUUGUCGUCGAUUCUGCCGUAUGGACGAGGGUGGAUAAAGUCAAUAGAUUGAAUUUCGCUCGGUGACUCAGUCCAUUACGAACCUGUAAAAACCAAUAGGAGGGGGUAGGUUACCUAUACGAUUGUAGUCAUGGCGAAUCUACGCAAAAAUUAUAUCCAUACAAACGAAAUUGCAAAACUUUGGACCAUUAUAAACCGCCUGCGCUACACAUUAGAGACAAGCGAACUUUUGAACUUGGCCAUAUCAACAUGCAUUCUAGCUUUGACCAUCAUUGCUUCCGGACCUUAUUUUUAAUUAAUUCACGGAAUUCUUUCACUUAAAUCAAGUAUGUUUUGGCUUCUACUUGCAUUAACACUUCAGCCUAUUAUUCGAUUGCGGGUAGAAGCAUGGGAUAGAGAUCACCUAUCGGCCCAUGAUCAGAUCGCAACCUUCGUUUCUGAGGCAGUCUACCUGAACAGCGAGGAGCCUCUCCGGCCGGUCAACCUGGUAAAAGUUGACCAGACGCCGAGUAACCAGGGCGUAUUGUAAGUUCAUCCCAUUUGCAUAUAUCGUUUGGCACCUAGGAUUCAUUGUUGUGUUGCUGGCAGACAAGCCCUCAGAGAACCAGUUAUUUUAAAAAGUGUCCCACAUCCGCUUUUACUGCUGUCUCGAAUACUCUUUUCAAUGGCUAACCUUACACUCUAAGGUAGCUUCAUAGUUUUGUCGAAAAGUAGGAAAAUGAUACACUAUGCAGCAAAAUGAAUCAUAUCAGCAGAAAGAAAUGUGUUAUGGUGAAAUACAUAUUGGGAUGAGAAAGUGCAGAAAAACUGCGUUUCGUUUGAGAGAGUACGCGUCGUGAAGUUUAAUUUGCUCCCACCGUUUGAUACAGCAAAGGACAAGGCCUCUCAAGCCAUCAAAGAGUUUGUCAUUCAGAAUGGAGAAGUUUAAUAAUUUUUUGUAUUUUAUAGGUUAGUGUAAGUAAAAGGAAAGAUUCGCUUUUGGGCUUCGAACUUGACAGCCAGCCACAUUAUUUAAAGCUCUUAGCUGCCUUUCGAGAAAGCCGGCGUUAGUUCGACGUGCCCCGAGCCAACAAAGAUCCGGUAGUAAGAGUCGAAUUUUGUUCAAAAGAACAUAUUUUUCUCCGCAAACCAAUCGAUCAAGGCGGUAGAUUUGUCAUAUAAUGCAGGCAGUAAUAUAAAGUCACUUAUUUCCUCAUAUAUGAGAGCAAUCCUCGGCGUAAUGUGUCGGCGAGAUCGAUGGCGACAUCAAACUUACAGUUAAGGAGAGAAUAGGGAAUUAGCCGUACAUCACAAAUGCCGUUCCUCAGAGAAGCACGCCUCAACCGAACCUCUGGCCGACUAACAGGAUAUGGCCUAAGUGGUACAUUUGGACUCACAAAAGUCUGAUUAUUUAGGGAGAAAGAGCCUCAGGAAAUCCAAAAGGUUUUUUUAAAUCGACUGGGCAGAGUUCGUCACCAGGAGUCUAGUAGAACUAAAAUCAGUUUUUAACUGCGGGCUGUCCACCAGGAUCAGUUUCGUAAAAUCCCGACUAAAAGUGCCAUACGGCAGAUGGGCGAGCUAUAAAUCAAGCAAUCUCCCAUGAAGUGCUAAGGGUCAUUGGCGGCGAAAGAACACGACUGAACUUUUCAGUCACUAAGUAUUGGGAGAUGGAGCCGUACAGGUCACGAUGUCGGAUAUGCACAAAACAAUCUACUCAUGGACAACUUAACGAAACAAUUACUGUGAAGCAAGGCUCGUGUUGCCCACUGGCGGAUCGCAGAGAAAUCGUAUGAAGGUGGUUAUCUCUCUGCAGUUUUAUCACAAGUCAAUGACCUUACGUAGAGGCAGAGAGACACAAAGGCUACCAGAAACUUUUUUAUCCUUUAUAGACAAAAAUGGCGCAGAGGAUAUAAAGUUUUUGAAAGUAUAAUGGAAGUCGUCAUAAGCGUGAAAAUGUCAUGUUUACAGCCACAAUCUAACCAAAUAGGUAGAGCUUUGUAAUUUUCAUUUGUGAACGUAUUACAGCUAAGUGCACAUCAGGAACAGUUGCCCAAUGAGUGUCUCUAUGGGCACCAGACUACUGCUUCAGUCACACCUUACAGAGUCUGAAAAAACUGUUAAAGAAUACCAUUUUCCGUCGGAACCGGCGAAAAGCAUCAAUACUCCCUGAAGGCAGUGAUUCCGUGUGGAUGACUUACAGUGAGUUACCUAACUCAUGAAAUGUUGGCUCAAAUUCUGAAAUGCGUUUUCGAUUAGGAAGGAUAACUUGGUCGCGGUUGUAAUACUGACUAUCUUGCGGCAUACUUUUAUAACAUUUCGGACUUGGCAGGAUGUCGGCUUUUAAAUGCACUUUUUUCAAUCUCCUGUAGAGAGCGUAAUCGGUAAAAAAUGACUACUUAAGUAGCAUGCAUUUUUCCCAUUGAUUUUCGAUGGUCUUGCAAAUUCAAAUAUAUUUUAUAGAAACCAUAAAUAAAAAUAUGCUUUCUUUUAGUCAAUCAAUAGAGAAUCAUGUCUUCUUUAUAUUUCAUACUUAAGGAAGGAGUAUAAUUAGGUUUAAAAAGUUUUCCAAUUGCCGAAUAAUUUGGAGCCUGAUCAUUCGUUGCAUUGGCGCUUAGUAAUUUCAGUCUACAAGGUACAUGCGUUCCGCGUAAAGAAAAUCACAUAUUUUUCUAUGCCAUUAAAGAGAUGUCAUACAGAGUCCAUAAAAUUUUGCAAUGGAUGCGGACCAUGUUGUUCAUUUCAUGAGAGGCAGUGGUAAACGUCCAGGUACGAUGCUAUGUGAGUUGACAUUUCGCGGUCUUGAAAAGUCUCAUAAUUAGAAACUUCUUUCAAAACCUAAUUUUACUCCCUCCUUAAGUAUAAAAUAUAAAGAAGACAUGAUUCUCUAUUGAUUGACUAAAAGAAAGCAUAUUUUUAUUUAUGGUUUCUAUAAAAUAUAUUUGAAUUUGCAAGACCAUCGAAAAUCAAUGGGAAAAAGCAUGUUACUUAAGUAGUCAUUUUUACCGAGUACGCUUUUUACAGGAGAUUGAAAAAAGUGCAUUUAAAAGCCGACAGCCUGCCGAGUCCGAAAUGUUAUAAGAGUAUGCCGCAAGAUAGUCAGUAUUACAACCGCGACCAAGUUAUCCUUCCUAAUCGAAAACGCAUUUCAGAAUUUCAGCCAACAUUUUAUGAGAUAGGUCACCCACUGUAGAUGCGGUGGGAAGGUUAUUUCCAGCACCCACUACGCUCUUGCCCAUCGAUUGUUUUCCAAUGGCAAAGUUUGGUCAAAAUAACUGGUGACUGACAUUGAGGCAGUAGCUAAUCGGGAAGAAGGCUGUUACAAGUUUGGCACAUCAAUAAUUUGAUUUUAUGGUGCGCGUAGAAGGACAAUACAUAUGUAACAGUGGGGUUUCACUGCGUUGCCUAAAAGACAAGGGUAUCAUUCACGCCGCCUGUGUCAGGCCAAACGACCGAGCGAUCUAGUACAGGGGAGGCGGACGAAAAGAACGUGGACAAAAAUACAAUAGAAAAUCAGUCCUUGUCUGACAUAGAAAGUGCACAUCAUGUCCUUCAAAAGGAUUUCAAUGCUAUGGCUGAGGUUAAGGAAGCUAUAUUGACAGUUUAUGAAUAUUGUGCGGUUAUUCCGCUGGACCUGAUGGACUUCGGCCCAAAUAUUCAUAUCAACUUUCAAUCCGAGUCAAUAAGCCUCAAAUAGACUGAUCUUCUCUAAUUCAGCUGUUAAUUUCUGGGAAAUUAUAAGCCAAAAUUUCAAAACUGGAUCGUCUAUCAGAAAGCACACAGACAACGCUGAGGGACCCGCUGAUGAGCCGAACCCCUUUACAGCUGUGUUCUGCAGUGGCACGACAUCAGCGAAGCACGUGUCUGAGUUCUUAUUUAGCCCCCAUACGGUCAGGUACGCCAUAUUAUGCAACAUAUGUUGGAAGCUGUGUUCUCAGUAAGACUGAUUUAAGUAAUGAUAGUGUGUAGGAACCCGAAAGUAGAUGACAGCUCGAAAAGUAUACCCCAAAAUUCAGUGUGACUGCAAACAUAACUUAUUAAACUUAUUAAUCACCGUUCCCGUAGUGUGAAAUUUCCUCCUCUUCCUGAAUAAAUGUAAACUUACCGACGGCGCAUUAUUUAAAGUCUGUUAUUUUUUGAAAAUUCUUUUUGUUUAUUUUUUAAUUAUCGCGCUCAUUUUCUUUGCCAAAGGACAGCGUACGAUAAGACUUUCGGCAAAAAUGUAUCUAUUUUCUGUGUCUCAUUGCUCUCCGUCCUGCAUGUUGUACACUCUUACAACCCCCUCUACCACCAUUCGGUGUAUGACAAAGUCCAUAGGCUAGUUCAAGUUAGUUAGGGGUCCUACACCCUAUCGUUGUCCCGACCUACACUAAUCAACGCAUACUUACCCCCAAAAAGUGUAAUAAUAUUUUUUUAAGAAAUUGGGGGGAUUGCUGACAGAAUAUCCCACUUAUUGAACUGCCUUAUUCGGCGUAUACUUCGUAAGCUUGAAAAAUGUUUUCUCGACGCAAUUCCAUAGGAAAUACAGAUUACUUUAAGAAGAUGUCAUAUUGUGAACUAGCAAGCUAUGCAAAUAUAUGAGCUUUAUUUUAAACAUCUUAGAAGGUUUUAUUCCAACGAGAAGACUCCAAGUGAAAGGGUAGCUAGCAGAAGUGGGCAAAGGGGUUUUACAUCAGAGAACGCGUUUACCUGAAUUUCAUCAACAUAUUAUCGUUCUUUUCGUUACUAUGAGUUAUUUCUUCAGUAUAAAUCUUUCCCGGACUUGGAGGUUUUUACUAGUUUAAUUUAUUGCUGCACUUGUCCCAGACUGAGGGGCUCCGUGAAAAUUCGUUUUCCUUUUGACUCACUUUGGAUGCAGGCCACUCAUGUUAAUGAAAUGCAUUUUGUUGAAAAAAGAUGGCAAUCUGACUCCCAGCGAAAGGUCUACCGCUUCAUUUUAAACAACCCGCUUUGCGAAUAUCAUUGAGGUCUCCGUUACGUAUUGCAAACGUUGUUGAUAGUAGACACAAUGCGGCAUAAACCGUAUAUUCAGGUCCGUAAAGGUACUUAAGGGAUGACGCUAACUGCUGGCGACCAUGUGCUUCUGUAUAUGACGAUAGACGGGAAACAAUUGAUGACAUAUAGAAGCUAACAAAUGGGACGUCUAAUGUGGUAUUCAUUCCGAGCCGAUAUAAUGGAGAAGGAAGAGGUCAUUCGGCAGCAGUGGAGUUGUGCCCUCUCAGUGUCUGUUCUUUCGCGUCAAGGGAUCUAGUGUGACAAUCUUACUUCCUCCUUUGUCUCCACUUCAGCUGACGGCGGACUGGUGUCAUCAACUUGAAAAUGUACGAGUAUGACUCGAUUGUUUCCGAAGAACCUCUUCUUUCUCCGUAAUAAAUUCGAGUAUUUGCCUUUGUUUGUUUGAACACCUGACACGUUGAAAACACAGUGAGCAAAGUGAACACAAUUCGUACUCAUUUGAGGGUAAAACCAUUCCAGUGGUGUGAAGUGUAGGGCCUGGGUGGAUGCACGUGAGCGCCUUUUACAAAUUCAGGAGAGUCAAAAGAAGCUGAACGUGAAGGAGACCCUUUUUAUACCGAUACAAAAGACUUAAGCAGCACUGAUAUUGUACGCUGAGAGAAUCUAACCAGAUUUUCCGGCAUACAUUCAAUAAGGAAACCAUUCGUUACCAGGAACGCAUACAUGCUUCAGCAACAGAUCCCUAAAUUCAAAUCAGUGGUCAUAAAUGAAAGUCCCUCCACUAGCGCGUUACAACAGUGGAGGCUUCACGAAGGUGGGAUUUCUUUCUUGGGAGAUGGGCGUUCUCCUAAGCAGAUGCAGUUUGGCUGUUAAAGAGAACGUUCUUGAUGGGAACAGAAUCUUUCUCAGAUGUGGUUAACUGACAGGAGGAAGUUUAAUUGCUGGAAACCUCAGUAUUACGGAUAUAAUAGGUAGCCAAAGAAAGUCCGGCGGAGAGGUAACGAGUUUGUGUAGGACGCUAGUUUGUCAGUCUACUUUGCCCUCUCCAUCGCAGUCAAAUUGGAUAAUGCAAGUUUCAAGUGCAGAAGUAUGUAUUCGGGAACCGCUAUUGUUUCACCGUUCAGUUUUUCACAAAAGGAAAGUAGGCCUGUUUGACUUUAUUCGAGGAUUCAACCCACAAACUCAUGCAAGAGAUAAAUAAAAACAUACCGCGCAUCUUUUGAAACUGUCUAUCUAUAAGCACUUAAAAAGGUGGUCAGACAGUUAUAGGGAUUACUGCCGAAAAACGCCAACCGGUCUUCAAGACGUUCAAUCAGAGGACGUUUGUGUGUGCAUCUCUAAACGAAACUGUGCAAUUGUAUGUCAAAAGAGUAAGUUAAGGAGUCAUGUGAGAUAAGUACUUCCGUUAUAAUCCGAGAGAAAGAAUGCAGUUAGUAGUACAAGGCAAUUGAAAAGCAAGGGGUUGGAACUAAAUGACCAAUGUGUCGAGAAACUUCAAGGCAACUCUCCGAAGGGGGAGGGGGGACUGCACCGGGAUCUUCAUCCAUUUUUCUAUGCUAAAUGGAUCAUUGCUGGAUAAAGAGCCAUGAGAAUUCAGAACAGCUUGCAAACAAUGGAAGAUCUCGGUCACAAGAAAGCAUGAAUCGUCAAUAUUCUGCUACCGAGAAGGCUGUUGGAAACGCAGUCAGAAAAAAAGAUUAUGUUAUGUUGCCCUGCAAAUUGUGUCAAGGAAACCCGCGGAGGUAAAUAUGGAUUUCGAAAACAUGCGCUCGGGGGUUAACCACAUGCCACGUAGACGUGCGAUACUAUCGGAAAGAGGCAAAUUUAUUUACGGAGGGUGUCCACUGACAUAUAAGAAUGAUUACAGACUCCCAAGUUCGUCUUUGAAAAUUGAUCCCACUUUCACUGCGUCCCAAUCGGAGCUGAUAGUUACAGCGGAGACCUCUACGAUUUAAAGGUUACCAAACAGCUGAAGUCUUAAGUAAGGCGAUGUAGUCGUUGACAUCCGAUAACAACAAAGUAACAUAGGAAAAAACUAAACCGAGUCGACCUCUUUUCUACUCUACUAUAAGACCGUCCAUGGCAGCUAAAUUAACAAUAACCACGACUUACCGGCAAGUUUGCCUUUAAGACGACUUUGAGUCCGACGAUGGAUAAAGUGAAUGAGAACUACAACCUCGUACAUCUACGUGCGUGCAGUGAUUAGUUCCUCCUGCUUCUGGCUUUAUGCACGGCAGACGGUGAAAAGACCACCCAGGCGUUGGUGGAGGUUGACCCUGACUGCUACACCUCCACUUUUCCUUGGCAAUACGAUCACUCCCUACGUUUAGGAUCGCAGUAUUAUGGGAAACGAGUGUGUGAGCAGAGUUUGUGCAGUGCGUAAGCAGCAGAGGCAGAUGAACAAUCCUUCUCACUUCUCUAUUGCAAGGAUCAUUGGUUGUUUUGCCCGACGGAAGUUAAAAUUGGUAAGGUGAGCAACUUGCGACGUUUUGUCCCGGGGCAAGGACAUUAGAUCUCAUCAUCAGAUACUGAAUGACUCUUGCAGUCUGUAAGUGACGAAGAAACAACUAGCGUGGCACACUCGAAAACUUUGUCCUCCUGAUCGCUUUAGUACUUUUGUUCCUCUUUAGAGAGUUUUCACACAGAUGGAUCUGUAGCACUAAGCGUGUAUGCCGGGACAAAUAGGGAUUUAUCGUAUUUUUAGACACCCGAAACUGUUGUUUUUUUCUCGGUCUCCGAUUUAAAGCGAAUGUCUAGGAAAGCGGCAUUAAGGAUUAGGGUAGUCUAGUCUCCUUCUCCCUUGAUGGUGACGGUGGCAAAUGCAAAAGUAACCCGCCAAGUUUUUGAAUAUCUGUGUCCCUGAUCAAACCAGAAAGCGGCGAUCCCAUUGGCAAACCCUUGCCCUGCGAACCUGUGGAUGCCUCUUGCGGUAAAAUUUACGGAGUUUGUCUAGGUGACUCCAUAUUCUUGUCCACCCAAUUAGUCACACUUGUUUUCACUUAGUUCGCUGGUCAUUUCGACUGCCAAGGCCGCUCGGAUUAAAAUGAGGAGAGAAGUUAUGUCAACUGACGCCAUCACCCCGACGAAUUUAACUCGCAACUUUUUAAGCCGUUGAUGGAAGUGAGUAGUCGAACCGACCGUCGUAUCUGAUCGCAAGUGUAGGAAAUGCAAAUGUCGGAACAGUCGCUUGGCCGUUUUCUGUGUUUCUGCACGAUAUAAAUACACAAUUAACGGGACGGGGGCAACAGCCUUAUGUCGUCCGAAUGCCUCCCAUAAAACUUGUUAUAACCGCAUUUGCUAGCUUCGUAGGCAGGUGUUCCUUCCUACACAUUGCUUUUCUCAUCUGAGCGUCACGUACUUAGUAGAUUUGUAGCAUCCUCUCUCUCACGAUUUUUUUCGGACACAAGGUAUGUCUGUCGAUCACCUACCACGGCAUUUGUUUUCUUACUAGUUAAUCCUAUCCGCUGAAUGUGUAAAAUACCCCUUGUCUGCUAGCAGUACCAAAAGGAUUUUGCCUUCGGCACAUUCCCGACAUUGCAAAGAUAUCAAAUAAACCAUAUUUAGUUAAUUUACAGAGACAUAACAAUAAUACACUGGGUAAAUAUGGAAAAACACGUCUUUUUUCAUAAUGCAUCAAAAGCGGUAUAGGUAACGUUUCGCGAUUGCAGCUGUUCUCACAUUGGCGAGUAGCUACAGGAGCUUCACUUCAAUUUCUACACGUGCACUUGCUGUUUUUGGUCGUCAAAAGUGCAUGAAAUAUUGCUGCUUGACUGCACAAAAUAAAAUGAUACCUGCACUGUUUUGUUACAUGCUUUCAGACCAUUGUUAGAAGAACGACCGUUGAAAAAACGCAAACUACCGCGAAUGCAGAAAAACCCAUUAUUAGCAAGGGUCUGCUCAAAACAAAGAUUCCUUCCUAUGGCUAAGUAUCUUUUUUUAUAAAAUCGCACACGACACAAGAGCAGACAGGUUUCGCUUUUUUAAUUUACUAGACAGAUCAGUGAAUUCAAUAAAUUGCAUAUUUAAGGCAGGCAUUUGGCUUAAAAUAUCCCAGCCUCCUUCACUGUAUGCAAGUUAUUUUGUAUUUUUCUCCUUUGUGGCACAAAACACGGGCAAACCAGUGACUUUUCAAUUUUAUUGUUGUCAGACAUGUGUUAGUAAAUGUUUACUUCAACAAGUAUUCUGAUAGAAAAUCGCUUAAAAGUACUCUCUCAUGCUCUUUCAGGGUGCGUUUGUCAUUAAAACUCGAAUGCUCAAUGCACUACUACGGGCGCCUGUGUGAAACCUACUGUAAAUCAGAUUUCAAAUCUUAUCUCUGUGAUUCACAGGGCAAAUAUGUAUGUUAUCCAGGUAAAUAUUUUGUACGAGAAAUGCAAAUGUGUUACAUUAUUUAAACUUAAACUUGUCAUCCAAUAGUACGUCCUUACCGAAAUAGGUUAUGAUUUUACUCGUCAAAGUUUACAUUUAACAGUUCUAUGUGUCCUCUAAGGUCUCUAACACGAUUAGGCUACUAUUUGUUUUUGACCGAUUUUCACUCAUAUGAGUUUGAGAACACCAGCGAUUUACAGUCUUUAUUACGGAUCCUAACGACUAUUUCAGAUAUUAAUAUCCAAGCACCAUAUGGGAAAGAUCAACAUGUAACUCUUUUUUCAGGUUUUAAGGGACCUAUAUGUAGUGAGAAGGAUUACUGUUAUUUCGAGCCGUGUCCGCCACAAGCAGUUUGUGCCAAUAACCCCGAAGGCGACGGCCGGACGUGCUACUGUAAUGGCGGCAGUGGUGAGUUUCACUUUCAUGGCUACUUAUUUUACAUUCGCAGUUAUCAGGUUUGACGUAAUCAAACGUGUUUGUAAUCCCGGAAGUAAAACAAAAACAGCUACGUAAUCGAGAAAGCUGUGGUGCGUGUUCGCAGGAUCAAGGUUCAAAAACCACCAAUAUUCAGAGCCCCUUCGGGUCACGCAACAACUUAUUUUGUCAAGGCUAAAUUCGAAGAACACGUGGUUGCUGGAUGAAUGUGGAUUCAUCUAGUUUUCUAUUAGAUCAAGCCGUGAUCACUUAGCAGCCACGUGUCCUUCGCAUUUGGCCUCGAGUACAUUUGUGAUUAUGUGUAAGGAUGCGAAAAAGCAAACAAGUCAUAUAUUAUAUGGAUGUAUUUGGCUGAAUAAACAACAUUAAAAGGAUUUUAAAUAACAUAUGUGCUUCACAUAAAGUGAGCGUAAAUAGACAUGCAUGUGUAUGGUAUAAAUUUCAUCAGAUAGUUGCGUGUAUAGUUGUAAUUCACACACAUUAUCUAAGGCGGAGACACAACACACACUAAUACGAUUUGAAUAUCAGACGGUCUCACAAAGGAACGAAAAAACUACAUUAAAUCGUGCAUCAUAACAUGGUAUUUCAGGCUGUUAAAGGAAGCCCGAUUUGUGAAAGGCCUCGAUUUACAUUGCAAAAAAAUCUGUUAACUUAAAUGUGAACACAUUGAGCAAGUUUGUUAUGGUAACCUAACUUAUUGAAAAGAUGUUUGCUUUGAAAGUGAGCCUAUUGAAAUGUGUAAAAAACAAAUGCUGGUCAUUCGUAGACAUAGUUUAAGUUAUGAGGGUUUAUUCAUUGCUUGCCAGAAUUAAAUGAACACUUAGAAAGACUACCGUGGCAGCGAAUUCCCUCGGCUUAUUUAGUGUCCGAUUUUUUCAGGGAUGCUAAUAACCGACACCUUUUUCUCAAAGUCAAAUAAAUGGCAAAUAAUAGUAAGGAAAAGUUAGAUCAUUAUUUGUCAGUGGAAACCACUAAAGUAAUUUUCCUAAGCCUGGCAGUCAAAGGCUUUGGGCAGAGAUUUGAGUAAAGGACUAAAUAUUGAUUAACAGUUCUCAAUGCUAGUAAAUAUUAUAUGUUUGACAAACAUAAAAUAUAAACAAAUGUUAUUUUAAGUUGCCAAAAACUCGCAUAUGUUACCGGCAAGCAUUUGUUUUUGAAGGAUGCAGGGACAUUUUCCGUAAUCUGCGAUUCAUAUACUAGUGAUUAGUAUCAAAUACAAUAAACAAUUGUAAAAUUUAGAAUAGAUUUUGAGUACCUUGAACAACUUUUAGCUAGCAUCACCGCAUCCUAAAAGUCUAAAUGCAGUAAUAUAGAUUAACCGAAAAAUACACGUAGAGCAGUCGUAGUUUGUUCCAGGCAACAAGUUCAAAACCAAACAACAAGUUGUGAAACUAUAUCUAUACUAUUAACUGACACUGAAAAUAGAGACCUCUGAACGCACUCACAUGGUAACAUGAAUUAAGGGCAAUAAAAGCAUUAGAAAAUUUCCAAGGGCUGUAGGUCGGUUGUGUGACAGCUUUAGAACUUGAAGCUAUUCAUAAAUAACGGAAGAAGGAAAAGUUCCCUCUGAUAUGCGUGAAGGCCCUUCUCCGGAUACAUAGGUUUUAUGGGGAAAAGUGUGGAAAUGAUUUUCCGUCAGCUGAGUGGGUUUAGAUAAACAACACACUGCUCAGCGACACUGAGGAGCAUCUUGAGAUUCAGCGAUCUUUGCCAUAGCCCAGACGUUUGCUGUCGUUUCCCGGAUGCACUUUCCCACCGGCGCAUGCAAAUUUAGGGGCCCACUGUGCACUAGGGGGUAGCGCAGUUGGUCGUAAAUUUAUUAACGAGUGCUCCUACGAUAUUUUUUGGAGUCUCUCUAAUAUUGGAAUUUAAUGAAAUCAUUAUUUAUGGUUAGAUAUAUUUUGUCUGCCUAUUCGACAUGCUACCAGAUUUCAUUUAACUUUUAAAUUUGACUUAAAUUUCGUCAGUGUUAUAGCAAAUCAAGUUACACUGGUAAUCGAUCCAGACUUCUACCUGACGCCUUCAGAAGUUUCAUAAACUCAGUCAUUACUACUUUAUUUUAAAUCUCAGGACCAGAAUGCUACGAAGUGCGGGAUGUAUGUAAUCCAUCACCAUGCCUGAACGACGGAGUUUGUCAGAAGACAGGUCCACAUGGGCAGCAGUUUGUGUGUCAAUGCAAAGGACACUGGUACGGUGCAAUCUGUAACGAGAGAUACUCCUCUUGUCAAGCUGCCCUGAAUGUUUUGAAGUUAAAAGCAUCGACACAGGAAGGAGCAAACAGCGACUCUAAUAACGUCAGCGUUUGUGCAAAUGGCGGAACCUGUGUUGACCACCCACGGGAUUUUAGCCAUACAUGUGAAUGUACUUCGGGGUGGAAGGGUGAAAACUGCGAAAUACCGGACGUAAGUUAUUUGGCAUCAGUUUGAUACGUAUAGGUUAUAGCUCAUAGCGUUGCAUAAUAUGCACCUCGGUAAGUCCUUUGCAUAUAAAUAUACUAAAUGGGCGACGAAAAUCCCUAUGUAUUUGAUAAUUAUCAAAAUAAUAAUUAUCUCUCAGAAAGAAACCCAUUUUUAGCUAAUUGUUGAAUAAAAAGAAAACGAAAUAUUCAAAAGCUGUUUGAAAAAUAUAAAUAACAAAAAUACGCAUGCACUUCUACAAGUAUUCAGCUUACUUUAUGAUAGCAUAAGCAGAAACGAAGUGGUAAAUAAAAACGAAACGGUUCGGCGGUUGUUGAGAAAUCGUUGAUUGACUUUCCCUCAAAAGAUGACGUGAUAUGACGGCUUUGGGCAUUUUAUUUGUUUCUUUAGUCUGCAUCCCUGGUACUGAUCAAGCAUGGUUUACACAUGCAAACCGCAUCUUUUUUAGUGGACGAGGACAAUUCUGCUGUCGAUACUCAUCCCAGUAUUGUUGGUCUGCUGCGUGAUCUUAAUUAUUACUUGCACUCGUCGCAGAAAAGCAAGCAGGUCAGUCUUUGUUUCAUUCUAAUCAACCGCGUCUUUGUUUUCCCGUCUGGUAUCAUCAGAACUAAACCGUUAAACAGCGAUAAAAUUGCAUGGAAAACCCUUACCGCCGGCCAAUGGCAGCCAAAAUUUAUAAAAUUAGGAAUAAUUUUCAGAGUUACGAAGUUUCUAUUCGAUGGCAGUGUCAGACCUGAUGAGGAAUAAAUAAGCACACAGUCGUAUACACCUGAAGAACGAACCCUCACUUCACAAGCAAUAUGACUUUACUGGGAGGUUGCCUGGCGGAAGAACCAUUCGUAAUAAAUCCAUGCGAGUUAUGGGCGUCUAAAAAUUACUUGGAGUGUUUAAAAUUGACGGAAUGAAUAUAGUCAUUAAGGUUUAUAAUAUAACAACUAAGUACAAAAUAUCUUCAGCAGAAUCAAGCAAUUUCUAUAGCCACCAUUCUACAUAGUGACAUAAGUGAAAAAGAAAGAAUAGGACUUUACUGCUUUCAAGGAAAUAGUUACUAACUUUUAUUCUGGAAAGCACUUUUGGAUCUCGUCUAGCCCUACGUAAAUAGACAGACGUCUAUUCAUGAAAAUCAACACCAGGAUAAACAAAUCAAGGUAAACAUAGUUUUUGUUAAACAGUCUGCUUUUAAACGGGACGAACGAAUACAGCGCAUCAAAGGUGCUGACGUUGAUAUCAUUGUUUACGCAACUGGUUUUGCGGGCUCUUUAUUUAUGAUACUGUUAAUGAUUUUAACGGCGCAGUGAAUAAAUUUUUCCUCAAGCAAUCGCCAUUAUUUGACGAAUAAAUCUCGCAUUUUGGCAGAAGAAUGCGGUUUUGUUUCAAGUAAUUUUGAAUCGAUAAAUUUUUCGGGCAAUAGAAACCGAGACUGAAAUGGUUAAUCUUAGCGUGAGACGGCUGUACCUCAGCUCCAUUUUAACAGACUCAAACUCCAAAUUCGAAUCCCAUCGGUACUGAGCGCAAAGUCAAUGUCUGCAAACGUCGCCCAUGUCUCUUUUGAAUAUCAUUGACAUUUGCAGACGACAGACCACGAAGCGAUUAUUCAAAGACAGCUCACUUGAAACAGGCGCAAGCAUUCAGUCCAGAGUUUGCGAAACUCCUUCUUCAAAUAAUCUAUAUCUCGCAAACGGACUAAUAUCAGUAGAAUACUUAAUCAGUUAAAAAACACCUUGCUCUGCCCAUGAAACGUAACGAAUUAAGCAAAAAUAGUCUUUUAAUGAUUUCUACCGACGGACACCCUAACCAUUUUCUGCGUCCAUGUAAAAGAUAGCGAAAGUUAAGACACAGGGAGCUAAAAAAGUUUCAAUCUGGCGCCAAGCACAACACUCGAUUAAAUAUUUCGCCCAUUUAGAAUGUAUCUGAAUUCGUCGAAAGGCAUUUCAGGAGGCAUAAAAUAAUAAUGGCGCACAAAUCGGCAGUUACGUCGAGAGCCUGGCUUGUACAAAUUAAUGGCAGAGUCGGCCAUUUAGGUGCGAAGGAAGUUGAGCGAAAAAUCUCGUCCGCUGCCUGUGACGUAGUACAGUACAAACAAAUCAGGAAAUUUGCCUAUAAACGGAAUCUUGAGUCUUCAAGACAGAGACACGAUCGCCGGGACAAGAGCUUUAUUAGCCUGACGUUCCGGAUUCCUAUUCGAAUCCAUCAUCAGAGACAGAAAAGCAGAAAGGGUUGGUUGUUGCACAAGGGGCUGCGGUAUUUAUAGGAUGCAGUAGCCAUGCUACCGCAUACAUAUGAACAUUCACGGCUCCCCCCCUUCAUCCGGGAUCGUCGUCCUUGGUGUGAUCAUUACUUAAUGGCCGACAUUCGAGUCGAUAAUUGCUGCAAUUUCAUCACGUGCGUUGGAUGUUGGCGUGAUGAUUGCUCGACCAUCUGACGCACCGACCCCGGUGUUGGGACAAGUGUUCACCUCUGCACACCCCACAUGGCUUGUUACUCCGCCUAGGCGAAGUUUCAGCAAGGAGUAUGGAGUGGGAAGAUCGUUGCACUUGUUGAUGGACUGGGGGCCAGUAAACCAUGAUUCCAGUAGCUCCCGGCUCACGCGGUUGUCACCUCUUGCGAGAAUUUCGGUCUCAUCGAAUUUGAAUGUGUGGCCGGAUCCCGUCGAAUGAGCCGCAACUUGAGAGCUGGCGUCAUUUCUGCGCACCGCUGCCGCGUGUUCGGCCAUUCUCGUUCGGAGCUGUCUUCCGGUUUCUCCGACGUAGUUGCUUUGUCCGCAACUGCACCAGAUCCGAUAAACGACUCCAUACGUUUCUAGCCGUGGCAGUGGGUCUUUCGGUUUCAUGACCAGACGCCUGAUGGUUGCCUCCGGUCUGUGUGCCACUCCAACCCCAAGUGGUGCGAGAAGGCGGCCGACAGCUUCCGAAACGUUCUUGACAUACGGAAGUGCCCGCCAUGACUUGGUGUCCGUGCGGUUAGGCCUAUUGUCCCUUUUACGUAUGCACAGGUCGACGAAGUUGCGCGGGUAGCCAUUGGCUUUGAGGACCCGUCGGAGGUAUUGUAGUUCAGCAAUCUUGUCUUCCGGCUCACUGCAGUGCGUUUCGGCACGCUGAUAGAGCGUGCUUACACAACUGCGUUUGUGGCUGAUUGGGUGGUUACUGUUGAAGUUCAGUACUUGCAUCGUAUUUGUCGCUUUCCUGAACACUUUGGUUUUUAGUUCACCACAACCUUUGCGGCAUACGAGGACAUCCAGGAAGGCCAGCUGGUUGUUCUCUGCCUCCACCAUCGUAAAUUGAAUGUCCGGGAAGAAGGCGUUCAGAUGUUUGUGGAAUGUCAAUACCUGAUCCCGUUCGAUGACGACGAAAGUAUCAUCCACAUACCGGGCCCAGAAUUUCGGUCUGUGGUGUUGGAAGACCAGCGACUCUAACCGUUGCAGGACCGCCUCGGCGAUGAAUCCCGAAAUCGACGAACCCAUUGGUGUGCCCUUCACCUGUUCGUAGAUUGUCCCGUCGAACGUGAAUUACGUCCUGAGAGAGCGCUUCAGGAGCUGAAGGACUUGGGCGUGUCCAAGACGGUUCUCCGUUUCAUCGUAUUUGCUUUGUAGUAGCAGCUCAAUUGUCUCGAUCGCCAGUUCCUGGGGAAUAGAAGUAAAAAGGGAUGUAACAUCAAAAGAUACCAUGACCUCAUUUGGAUGGAUGCUUACCCCUUUUUGUUCCUCCAGGAAUUGUGCUGACGAAGAGACCGUGGUGUCUGACUCAGCGGUCAGGAACUUGAGACGCCGGAACAGCCACUUAGCCAGUCCGUACGUUGGAGUACCUUUGAGCGACACGAUGGGUCGGAGAGGAGCGCUGUCUUUGUGCACCUUAGGGAGGCCAUAGAAUCGGGCCAAAGCCGUAUCUUGGGGUCUCGCCAUGCGUCUGUCGGUCGGUGUUAUUGCACCUGAGUUCUCCAAGGCCAACAACGUAGCAUUAAUUUCGCGCGUCAGCGCCUUUAAAGGGUUCGUUGCACAUGGGACAUAGAACUGUCGGUCCUCCAGUAAACGUUUGACUUUUUGAAGGUAGUGUGUCCUGUCCAGUACAACUGUGGCGCGUCCUUUGCCCGCUGGCACGAUGACCAGGUCUUUGUCGGCCUUGAGUUCUCUAAGCGCAUCACGUUCGACCUUGGAAAGCACUUCCCGCGGCCUGUGGGCCAUCAGGAGAGACGAUACUUGGUGUCGGAUGAGGUUCUUAGUCUCCUCCGUUGCCUCCGUCUGACAAAGGAUUGACUCCACUGCUGCAAUCAUGUUAACAGGUUUGGCGUCAGCCGUGUUAAAUGAAGCUUCGUGCCGUAAAACCUGCAUCUGAUCCUUCGUCAGCUCCUUUGAUGACAGGUUGUGCACCCGUUUGUCGUUUCUGGGCGAAGUUGGAUUGGGCAGCUUUCGGAAUUUAUUCUCCAGUGUUGCGUCACGUAUCAUGCUCUGUUCGCGGGUUUGUUCAGCUAUCCUCCGCAGGAGCAGAUUAGUACGGAUCUCAUCCAUGAACUCACAGCAUCUGGUUUAUUCUUGGUCAAUCCUUGACGGUACUUACGAAGUCUCGCGUGGCAAUCUUGGAGGAGCACUCGGAUCAUCCUUCUGCCGUGCUGAAAUACUGCUCGUCUCGCAAAUCUGUGUUAACCGGUGGCUUGUAUGAAACACAUUUCGGUAACGCAUUAUUGUCGAGACCCCUGUGCAGAAACCGGAUCUGCGAUUACGUAGAGGCCUCUCGAAGGGCGAAGGUUUCCCAUCGCCGGGCCGAUCGGAGCGCAUCGCGCCCAAAUACACUGCCAAUAGAAGCGAAGAGACGAGUCCAAGGAAGUAGUCUUGAAGAAGGAGACACGAUCGCCGGGACAAGAGCUUUAUUAGCCUGACGUUCCGGAUUCCUACUCGAAUCCAUCAUCAGAGACAGAAGAGCAGAAAGGGUUGGUUGUUGCACAAGGGGCUGCGGUAUUUAUAGGAUGCAGUAGCCAUGCUACCGCAUACAUAUGAACAUUCACGGCUCUCCCCUUCAUCUCCUUCAUCAAGUAGUAAUCCGAAACUUCAGGAUAUUAAAGCUCUUGUCCCGGUGAUCUUAUCUCUUUCUUUAAGACUACUUCCUUGGACUCGUCUCUUCGCUUCUAUUGGCACUCUUGUGUCCCUGUCCCCAAGUGGCCUUUCAUACCCUGAAUGAAAUACUCUUUGGAAAGGAAGCUCACACUUUUGGCGCUUUCUCACUGGAGACUUUUACAUCGCUGAGGUCACGCACUCAGAUGAGUUCCUUACUGAUCUACUCGUUGAGAUGGAUGUCGCGCAAGCAACUCUGGAUGCCAAAUGGCGGAGAGGACAGCCAGUCUACGCACGACAAUGGCACAUGGCGAACGCCUACUGGUUCAAGUAGCAUACAUGUAUUUGCUUUUUGAAGACAAGCUGGCGAACCACGGUGUGCUUGCGAUAAAUUCCCACCAGGCCAGUGCAUUUAUAUGAGAAAGGGGUACAUAUAGAACAUAUGAGUGAUAAUAUAUCGCCUAGAGCUCGUCUUUUCAUACAAUUGGAGUGCAGAUGCGGGGAACACGAAAUAGCAGAUUUUGAAUUAGAAGGCGAGGGGGUCAUUUUGGGCUGCGUCAAGGGGAAGGAUGGGCACGGAGACAAUCAUGCACUUAACAGACCUUUGACCACGAUAAACCUGAGAGUUUGCGCGAGGCUCUUCUGUGUACAAAACUGGUUUCGGUAACCUCCGCUGUUGCUAGCAAACACUGGCACAAUGGCUUAAGGUGAGUUGGUUCGAUCCUAUAAAGCACACGGGAUGCUUAGCUUUUGUCCACAAAAUGCCCAAAUAAACAUUGUGCGCGAGGAGAGCACUGUUUAUGCUCUUAAAUUUGUCUUUUCUCAGUCAUGCUAAGUGUUUUCGUAAUCUUUUGGAGAGGCGACGACUCGUAUGACCAAUAUAACCUACCCUACAAGAGUAGGUAGAAGAGUAAAUGCGCACGGAAGUAGCCUGAUCUGGCAACCUGCCUUUACCUUAUCUGUUCAAAACAGGAUUGGUCGAGUGCAAUACCUGAACUCUAAUGAAUCAGUUUGAUCGAGGCGUCUUCUCAGGAGUCCGUUCGCCACGUCUCCUUGAAAGAGGCCUUUGAGAAACAGAAUUUCCUUUUUUGUCGCUGGUGUCAUGAGUUCUGCUGGUCUCUGGAUAAUAUUUUUGUACCAGAUCUUUCAGCUCCUCACUGAGUCCCCCAGCCUUCCUUAUGAGGUUUUUGCUAUAUGAGCUCCAGUGAAAUAUCAGGCCUAUAAUUUCAAGAAUUAUUUAGCGCAGGACAUACAGAUUAGUGGUCUGGGUAUUACAUUUCAGGUUCAGACCUGAAGUGUCAGUGGACAUUUGUGUCGAAGGCAGCCAAUUAUUGCGGAGUAGCAAUGCAGCGUCCAUUCUAAAAAAGGUAAUACUAGCGGGAGUAUCAUUCGGCAUGGCAAGUAAUUAGGCUGUACUCCCAAAAUAAGUGCUACUUAAAGACUCGGACACGUGUUGGGCGUACGUUAUAACCAUCCGUCCUAUUGAACUAUACUAAGAGUAAUAUUGCAUGAUUGUAGAAUGAGCAUUGCGCAGUUAUUCCACAGUAGUUGUCUCCGACUCAAAUGCUCACUGAGAUGACGGGCCUGAUCCUAAAAUAUCAUGAUCUGGACACGUAACGCCACGUCCUAAGCCUAAUAAUUUCUGAAAUUUUUAGCCUUUUAUUUAUGUAUGUGAUUUUUGUGUUCUAUCGGAAGUUCCUGAAGACGCUUUCAAAGAAAAUCUGAAAAUCCCGCCAUCUCGCUUGUAGAUGUAUCUGCAUUCCCACAUUUUCAACACCAAAGAUUGCUGUUUUGCGGACCAAUAUGGGUCAAAUCAUGCAAGGAAGACAUAAAAAACAACAGUCAAAUCCUCCGAAUAUGCCAAAGUUUGAGAACCCUAACGAUCUGAAUGAACAUAAGUAAGCUUCUACUGUGUUGUUGACCGCUGAUAUAGAAUAUUGAACUAUAUAAUGUAUCGGCGCGCUUUUCCGUGCAUAUUUGACAUGCAUUUGUAAGGCAUUGGAAGAGUCAUCUCCACAAUCAGUUUCAGUUGCGUACCACAAUAGCUAAAUUUUCCUUCGGCGAGCUGUGGAAUCCUGAUACCCUAAUGCUAACUUGAUCGUUCUCGGUGACAGAUGAAGAAAAGAACGAAUUGUUUUUUUAUGCUAUGAAGUUAGGGUAGUUUUAAGUCCUCAGUUGCCUAUAUCCCCUCUUCAUCAGGCUCUCGACUAACAUUCAGUCACGCCUGAACUGUUUCACUUUCUUCGGUAGUCUAGUCAUUUGCAUUUCCUCCAUCUUUGGAGGUGUCUAUGCUACUUCACUGUCUAGCAUCGGUCUUCCAAGGACCUUAUUUUUGGCAGGCACUUUGACUGUCGCGUCGUGGCUGUGCUUGAUGGGGUUGGGGAGGAUAGUAUAGAAAGUAAAUAACCUGAACCCCUGGACCAACAUUUUGGCACCUCUGUGUUGCUACAUAGAAACCAAAUCUACAAUGCACCGCAAGGAUUUAAAAGUUACUAUGUAUUUGGACAUCUCACAGUGUUCCGUCAACGGGGGCGGCAGGGCUUUUGCAUUCAAGAGCCUUAGCUGGCUCUUCAGUGGAAUUGGUCCACGAUAUGGGCCAAACAUCACUAGAGGUUGACCGAAAUAAGAAAAUAAUUUUUAAAGAAGCGGAUCAAUUAAGUAAGAUCCAAAUUACUAUAGGCAAGGCUUUGAGAGGAUCAGCCUGUAAUUUCCCAAUAAUUGCUGCUGAUCCGACGCCCAGGAAAAUUCAGCUACUCCGUUAAUAUAGUACUGACAGUCUGCCCUCUUAAUGAUGACUUUCUAUCGUAGAAGCUACACUGAAACACUGAAAAUUGAAUUUGUUUUCAUGAUAACAGACUGCAGAAAAGCAUGCACAAAUCUUUUCUGUAGUCUAUAUGGAAAUUGUUGCUAAAUAACCAUCUCACUAUUUCACACUUUCACUUAAGCCAUCCGGCGAAACUUUACUUAUGUCCGCCUACAAUUCCCGAACACAAUGAUACCAUCCCAGGAGAAACCAAUGACACGUAUGCGACUAUCGAUGAUCACACAUCGGCUCGUCCUUCGUUGAAUACAAAUUCUGCCAACGGUAUCUCAACGACAGAUAUUUAUGUUCAACCACUUAUUGCUGACAAUUCACUCUAUGCCUCUAGCUCGCCUUAA